UUAACUUAACACACACUUAGCGCUCUGAAAUACUGCUGAAACAUAGUGAUACUAUUUAUUUUCUUUUAAAUCAUGUUGAAAGAGACACUUUUUAUUUUGUUUUUUGCUUUAUGUACACGAGUUAACUCAGAAGUGAACUUGGAUAAGAAACAUUCGUAUACAAAUAAACCCGAAAAUUACAAUAACCACUCACCACUCUUAACAGUGGAAACUGGCAACCCAAUACAUCUUACAAUGCAAGAACAGAAUAACAACUUUUACCUAAUUCCCAUUUUAAAACCAAAAUUAAAUGUCCAAACAGUAGACAUACACCAAUACGACCCUGACACAAAUAUACUCAAAACAAUUAUUAUAGUCCCACCGAAAAAUAAAAAACCUUGCGAUCGUAACUCCAGUAUUUCACAACCGCCUAAUGACACAGAAAAACCAACAACACGGCCAUGCGAUAAUAAUACAACAACAGAAAAACUUACAACCACAAUCAAGACUACCACAAUAAAACCCUGUGAAUUAACAACCAAGAACACAGCAACAACACCAUCAAAUAAAAUAACAACUCCGGCCACAAAGUUAACGCCGAAUCCAAAUGAAAUAACAGAAGAUCCAAAUGAGGUAACAUCAAAUCCAAAUGAGGAAGGAAGUACUGCACCGUUUGAGAGAACGACUCCAAUAAUAGGAGAUCCUGAUGGCUCCACGAAAUGCUUAAAAGAUGGUGUCUACCGUGCCAAUGAUGUUACCUGUGACCAAUACUAUGUGUGUAUUCAUGGAAUAGAAUAUUUAAUGGACUGCCCAUAUGGACUUGUAUUUAAUAAAAAGUUAAAAAUUUGUGAUUGGCUCGAAAACGUCUCGGAUUGUAAACCUCCAGCAUUCAAAGAUGUCGCCUGCCCUGAUGAAGGUUAUGGGAUUGAUGGCAAUUUGAUAUUGCAAUUCAGAUACCGAGACAGCUGCAGUCAAUUCAUCGCUUGUCAUAAACGAAAGGCCCGUCUUCUUACUUGUGAGCAAGGAUAUUACUUCCACGAAGAAUCUAGUAAAUGCAUGAACUUUAGAAGCAACAGUAACUGUAGAGAUGUGUGGUACUCGUAUUAAGUUCAAAGAGAUUUUGUGUAAAAUAAACUACAUUCGGACUUAACAAUUACUUAAUGUAAUAGUGAAAAUCAAUACUGCAAACAAAGAAAAAAUAGAUUAAGUUAAAUGAAUAAUUUUCCAUUUUAGUGUUUUUCUGUCUGUGUGUCUUAAUAAUAUCGCAUACCUAUUACAAAUUA